CUAAAAUUGUUAGCAACUACAUUCAUAAUAAUAGAAAAUGGCCUCCUCCGACAGUUCGCCGGCCCCGCCGGCAAAUGUGCGAGAUAUUAAUUUUUCGGAGCUAAUGACCGCGCUCAUAGGUCCAAACAAGCGGAUCAGAGAAAAUAUAAUAUUUCCCGUGGGUCUGUUUCCGCACAAAGUGAAAACGAGGGACGAGUUGCGCGUCGAAGCCGCGUUCGAGAGCUGUGCCUUCAAGACUGGCCUGAGCUGCAUUUUGGGUGGGGCGUUUGGGGCAGCCAUCGGUCUCUUCUCGGCGAGCGUAGACCCCAACGUGACGGGCGGCGGCGUGGACCCGUCCAAGAUGACCGUGCGCCAAGUCUUUGCCGACAUGAAGGCCAAAUCCACCUCCUACGCCAAGAACUUCGCAAUCGUCGGAGCCAUGUUUGCCGCCAUCGAGUGCGCCAUCGAAUCGCACCGCGCCAAGACCGACUGGAAGAAUGGCACGCUGGCGGGAGGGCUGACUGGAGGCCUCAUAGGUUUCAGAGCUGGACUCAAACCGGGACUCCUGGGAGCUGCUGGCUUUGCGGCUUUCUCCACCAUCAUAGACUACUACCUGCGGUAGCAGAGCCGCACGGCGCCCCCUGUACAUAGCGCCGCAGGACGCAAACUAGGCACAAAUAAAACAAUUGUUCGCAGAAA